UUUUAAACACCAGUGUGACUGGAAAAGCACCGAGAUGCAUACACCCGAGUGAGAGUGUUUCCAGUGCACUGACGGUGGAAAGAGCUUUAACCAGUUACACAGCCUGAAAAAAACUUUGCACCAUUCACAGUAGGGAGACACUUUAAGCGUGAGGCUUCAACUGAUCAUUGAAUCUGGAGAGACAAAAGGACACCCGUGCCAUGGAGAAACCGUGGAAAUGUGGAGACUGUGGGAAGGGAUUCAGAUCCCCAUGUGAGCUGGAAAUUCAUCGACGCAGUCACACUGGGGAGAAACCAUUCAUCUGCUCCGAGUGUGGGAAAGGAUUCACUCAGUUAGUCAUCCUGCAAAAUCACCAGCGAGUUCACACUGGAGAAAGGCCGUUCAGCUGCUCUGAGUGUGGGAAGGGAUUCAGUGAUUCAUCUGCCCAGCGUAAACACCAGCGAGUUCACACUGGAGAGAGGCCAUUCACCUGCUCUGACUGUGGAAAGGGAUUCACUCAGUUAUCCAACCUGCUGAGACACCAGCGAAUUCACACUGGUGAAAGACCGUUCACCUGCUCUGAGUGUGGAAAGGGAUUCACUCAGUCAUCCAACCUGCUGAGACACCAGGGUAGUCACACCAAUGAGAAACCCUUGCAAUGCUAUGAGUGUGGCAGUGGCUUUAAAAGCACUGCAGACCUGAUGUUCCACCAGCGCAUUCACACUGAGGAGAGGCCGUUCAGCUGCUCUCACUGCGCAAAGAGAUUUCGAACAUCAUCAAACCUGCAGACACACCAGCGAAUUCACACCGGGGAGAGGCCCUUCACAUGCUCCGCCUGUGGGAAGGGAUUCACUCAGUCAUCCAGCCUGCUGAGACACCAGAGCAGUCACACCGAUGAGAGACCUUUUAAAUGUUCUGAUUGUGGUGGAGGCUUUAAAAACUCUCUGCAUCUCAUGGUCCACCAGCGGAUUCACACUGAGGAGAGACCAUUCACCUGUUCUCACUGUGCAAAGAGGUUUAAAAGGUCAUCCCACCUGUGGACACACCAGCGAGUUCACAUGGGGGAAAGGUCGUUCACCUGUUCUGAGUGUGGGAAGGGAUUCAGUGACUCAUCCAGCCUGAGGGAGCACCAGCGAGUUCACAAGUGA